CAGGGAAGGCCGUUCACCAUCUGGCAGCACUGUGUCGCGUUGUCACAAAAAAGGGAAUCUCCUGCGAAAACAGUUUUCCUGGCUGCCACGCACGGCUUUUUAAAUAAACGAGGACCGGAGAAGGAUAUUAGCGCGACUCUAGACAUGGCCAAGAAGGAGGAAAAGUCGCAGCCGGGCGAGGAGCUCGUGAAGGUGAACAAGUGGGACGGAUCGGCGGUGAAGCACGCCCUGGACGAUGCGGUGAAGACCUGCCUGCUGGGCGACCAUCCCCAGCUGAAGGAGCAGUUCGGCCUGGUCAACACCCGGCUGGCCCUCUGCGCCCUCGCCGUGGGCGUGGCCAUCAUGGCCCACGCCUGGGACUUCACCCACCCCUUCCCGCAGUCGCGCCCCGUGCUGCUGUUCAGCGUGCUGGCCUACUUUGCGCUCCUGGGCGUCCUGACCCUCCACUCGAGCUUCCGCGAGCGGGGCACCUUCGCGGUGGCCCUGCAGAAGGAUAAGGAGCGCGAGCGGCUCUGGGAGGCCAGCUCCGACAUGCGCAAGUACGACGACAAGUACCUGCUGACCCUCAGUGUGCGCGACUCCCGGAACGGCAAGCAGCGCAAGCAGAGCAGCACCAAGUCCUGCGCCGCCUUCAUCGAUCAGAACGGCAUCGUCCUGGACAACCUGGUGGCCAACGAGGUCAACCGCCUGUUCAACGCCCUCUCCGCCGACAAGAAGGACAAGUAGCUAGCCCCCCAAGCAGCAGAAGCCGCCAGCUAAGCCGGUUUUUUUUUUUUUUAACUAUAAUAAACCAAAUCCCCACUUUACGUCUCAUUAAACUUUACACUUUUGUGGUAAGCCGA